GGUAAUGCGCGCCUAAACCUGCCAAGCACCAAUAAACAGAAGAAGAAGAUCGGAGUCACGCAGCGGAACUUCAGCACCCUUUUCUUAUUUGUCUGCCGUUUUUGCCCAUUAUUAUGUUUGUCUCCUAAACCAGUGCGUGCAUGUUCACAAUUAUGUCGUGUAAUAGACUGAACAAUGUUCAUGAUUGUUUGUAUCCGGAUACAUUAGUCUGAGCGCUCUUUGCGCUAGCUUAGCUUGCUGGUUAGCUUAGCUUCUUAGCUGCAGCUCACAUUUGAUCAAAUGUGAGUGUAAAGUGUUGUGAUUGUGUGGAAAUGUGCGAAAGAACGAUAGCAGAGUACGAGGAGGAACUUUCUAGAACAAAAGAGGAGAAGGAGCGACAACAUCAACUUCUGGACGCUGUUUUCAAGAAACAUCAAGUUGUGUUACACAGAACAGAUGUCCACCAGCUGGUUCUUCGUCACCACCAACGUCCCCUUCAGCAGCAGGAGGAGCCACAGCCCCCCCACAUUAAAGAGGAGGAGGAAGAACUGUGGACCACUCCAGAGGGAGAGUGUCUUCUAGGGCAGGAGGAGGCUGAUCUCACCAAGUUUCCACUGACUGUUGUCUCUGUGAAGACUGAAGAGCAUGAAGACAAACCACCUGAGUCCUCACAGCUUCAUCACAGUCCAGGUGAGGAGAACGAUCGACGACUGGACGUUGUGUUGCACAGAACAGACGUCCAGCAGCUGACUAUUAGCCGGGAAGACCAUCCCCUUCAGUCGCAGGAGGAGCCACAGCCCCCCCACAUUAAAGAGGAGGAAGAAGAAGAACUUUGGGACAAUCAAGCAGUAGAGCAUCUUUUCAGGUCAGAGGAGGAGGAUUUUACCAAGUUUCCACUGACUGCUGCCUCUGUGAAGGCUGAAGACCACGAAGACAAACCACCUGAGUCCUUUCAGUUUCAUCACAGUCCAAGUAAAGAGAACCGAGGGGUAGAACCCUCAAGCAGCACCUCACCAACCACAACAGAAGCUGAUGGAGACCGCUGUGGAGGAUCACACGCAGACAAGCUCUUAGCUCCACUAUCCGAUAGUGACGACACGUGGUCACACUCUCCUAAGGAUGAGGACACCCAAGAACCUUUGAGCAAUACAGACGGUGAAGAUGAUAUAAGAACUCACAUUGAAAACAAACACUCUGAAUGUUCCAAAAAGAAAAUGGGUAACAAAAGUUUGAUCUGCUCAGUUUGUGAUAAAAACUUUUCUUAUAAAAGUGAUUGGACUCAACACAUGCGCACGCACACUGGAGAAAAACCUUUCAUUUGCUCAGUUUGUGGCAAGAACUUUGCUCAGAAGUUCUCUUUGACGGGACACAUGCGAACGCACACUGGAGAAAAACCUUUCACCUGCCCAGUUUGCGGCGAAAGCUUUUCUUUUAAGGGCAAUUUGACUCGACACAUGCAGACACACACAGGAGAAAAACCCUUCAGUUGUUCAGUGUGCGGGAAAAGCUUCUCUGAGAAGUCCCACCUGCUAUCACACGUAAGAACGCACACCGGAGAAAAACCUUUCACCUGCUUACUUUGUGGCGAAAAGUUUUCUUCUAAGAGGAAUCUGACUCGACACAUGCAGACGCAUACAGGAGAAAAACCCUACAGAUGCUCAAUUUGCGAUAAAAGCUGCUCUCAAAAGACCAACUUGGUGUCCCACAUGAAAACGCACACCGGGGAAAAACCUUUUACCUGCUCAGUUUGCUGCGAAAGCUUUCCUUCCAAGAGGAAUUUGACCCGACACAUGCAGAGACACUCCGGCAAAAGUAUUUUAGGAAACGCGGUUUUGGCUUUGUAAAUAGUAUUUUUGUUGUGUUUUCCUUGUAAACAUUCCAUAAGGCGGUGCCAUAUUUUAAUGCUUUGGCAGUGACAUUUUUUACCUCACCUAAGUAAAAAACGUGUGGAAUUUUUACAAUACAGGAAAAAAAAUACACUCAUGUUUUAAGCUACUAUAAAAUACAUUGGUGGAUAUAAAACGUAUAAACAAAAUUACUAUAAAACUUAGGACAUACUAAUGAUGUGAGUACAAAUUAUACUACCAACUUGGUGUGUGUGCACUUGAACUACUACCCUUUAAAAUAAUGCACCCGGUUAAAAAUAUAUAUGGAAUUAGUUCAAAGUGCUGUCCCAUCACAAAAAAAGGGUUUCACAAAACAAUUACGUAUUCAGACAUGAAUUUUUGCUGAGAUAAUAUUAUGAUCUGUUUUAAACCCAUAGCAUUAACUGAGAUAGUGACAUCCUAUAAUCAUGAUUUAUAGGAUACUUUCUAUUGAAUAGUAGCCAUCCCCAAUCAUGACACACACAUUUCAAUGAAUAUACCACUUAAAACAUGUUUUAGAUUGUUUUAAUGGUGUAAUUUAAAAUAUUGUUAUUAUUAAAUUUAAACAAAAGAUGAAAAUGUUUUAUUUGUUGUGGGUUUUAUUUUUAAAUAAAAAAAACUGCUCUAAAUAUUUCCUUCGUUUUCAUGUCACGACCGAAACACAAGAGGAUGUAUAUUGUUGCGUUCGGCCAGAUGUUCCUCCAGGGAGUUUAAGUUUCGGGUCACUCCCAAGUUCUUUU